AUGAUGGGCCCCUUCUUGGCCUCCUUUGUGUGCUAUCAACCGAGUGAGAGUCUGGCCGUGGCAGGCAUCUUUCGCUAUGAAGAUGAUGAUAACUCUAAAGUAAUUUUGAAGCUGAUGGUCAAAUUCAUCAUCUCCUCUCAACCUUUUCAUUCAAAAGAAACCAUCAUUUUGAAGGUUCCCGGAUUACGUGCUAAGUCUGCUGAUGGAUUAGCUAAAUAUCUGCUUGGAACCAUUGGCUCUACAUCUCCUUCGGCACGACUUCAUAGGCCAUUUCUGUAUUCAGUUUUCCAUUCUCUGCUUGCAGAAAUGGCAAGCCACGCCUCAAACAAACUUGACGGCAAAGUAGCCAUCAUCACCGGUGGCGCAAGUGGCAUCGGCGAGGAGACGGCACGUCGGUUGGCAUAUCACGGCGCGUAUGUUGUGAUUGCCGACAUCCAAGACAAAAAGGGCCACAACCUCGUGGCAUCGAUCGGAUCCCACCGGUGCACCUACAUCCAUUGUGAUGUCACGGAUGAGCAACAGGUGAAGUUCUUGGUAGAAUCGACUCUUCGAUCAAAUGGUCACCUAGACAUCUUGUUCAGCAACGCAGGCACAGUGAAUGACGUCAAACAAGACAUUCUCGAGUUCAACAUACCAGCUUUCGAAAGGCUUUUCGCCGUCAAUGUUCGGGGAAUGGCCGCCUGUGUCAAGCACGGGGCGCGCGCCAUGGUGGCGGGAGCCAUAAAGGGAAACAUUAUUUGCACGGCAAGCAUCCGGGCCAGCACCGGAAACGAGAAUUACGUGGACUAUGUAAUGUCUAAGCAUGCCGUGCUGGGUCUGGUGAGGUCGGCGAGCAAGCAACUUGGAGCAUACGGUAUACGCGUGAACUGUGUCUCGCCCGGAGCGGUCGCAACACCGUUACUCUGUCAAGCGUUUGGCGUGAGUGAGGAGGAAGGCGAGAGGAUGUACGAGUCUCAUUCGUGCUUGAAAGGAGUGCUGAAGGCGAAGCACGUGGCUGAUGCCGUGGUGUUCUUAGCUUCCGAAGAGGCCGAAUUCAUCAACGGACACGAUCUGGCGGUUGAUGGAGGAUGGAUUUGAUAGG